CGCACUUGUUCAUAUGUGACGUCACUUGCUCAAAGUUUUUUAGGUGAGGUAUUCUUAGUUUUGGUUGUACCAUAAAGAGAGGGGACGUAGAGAGCCUGUCGUCUAGCCCAGGCAGUCUGUAAACAAGAUGCCGCUCUUUGGGAAAUCACCAAAAAGUCCAUUAGACUUGGUGAAAAACUUAAAAGAGGCAAUUGCAAACAUUGAUAAACAGCAAAAAAGGACAAGUGAGAUCAUCACGCAGAUGAAGCUGAUGGUGUAUGGAACGGCCGACCAGGAGCCUUUGUCUGAGCAAGUGGCGCAGCUAGCUCAGGAGAUGUACCUGAAUGAUAUCUUCAAGCUCCUCAUAUUCAACCUGAACAAGAUAGACUUUGAGGGUCGUAAGGACGUGGUGUUGAUCGUGAACAAUCUGCUGAGACGGCAGAUCGGGACACGCACGCCCACAGUGGAGCACAUCAGUGUCAGGCCACAGAUACUUCUCGAGCUUGUGAAAGGGUACUCGGUCCCAGAAAUUGCCCUCAAUUGUGGCGUUAUCCUCCGUGAAUGUUGCCGUUACGAAUCACUGGCUCGACAACUUCUAGAAAUUGAAAUCUUCUUUCAGUUCUUUGAUUAUGUCACUUGUUCUACAUUUGAUAUUGCAUCCGAUGCCUUCUCAACAUUCAAGGAAGUUCUCACCAAACAUAAAAUGUUGUCUGCAGAUUUCUUAGAAAAAAAUUAUGAUGUAGUUUUCUCAAAGUACCAGACGCUAUUAAACUCUGAAAAUUAUGUAACAAAGAGACAGGCCUUGAAGCUGUUGGGCGAGCUGCUCCUUGACCGCCACAACUUCACUGUGAUGACCCGCUACAUCAGCAACCCAUCCAACCUCAAACUCAUGAUGAACAUGCUAAGAGACAAGUCUCGUAACAUUCAGUUUGAAGCCUUCCAUGUAUUCAAGGUAUUUGUGGCUAACCCCAACAAACCCAAACCUAUUCUGGAAAUUCUACUUAGGAACAAAGAAAGAUUGUUGGAAUUCCUCUCCAAAUUUCACAAUGACAGAUCUGAAGAUGAACAAUUUAAUGAUGAAAAAGCGUAUUUGAUCAAGCAAAUAAAGGAUCUACAGGCUCCAGACAACCAACCAGAUCAGCCACAGGAACACCACCACAGAGAGGAUUCUUAACAGUUGGUUUUGAUUUUAAGCUGUAUGUAGUUGUGAAACAAGCAGGAUGUCCGUGCAGAGUUACCUGCCCUAAGGACCUCUCUAGUGCAAAGAGACAGCAAAGUCAGCACGGCCAGCCAGACCCCAUGUUUUUUUCUACAAACUAAGCUACAUUGCACAUAUUUACCCUCUGUACAACCUUACCAUUAUUUCUCUUUCUCUACAACUCUUGCUUUGUGAAGGUGAAAAGGUAUUUUCCUCAUACAUUAAGAAAUUUCUCAUCCAUAUUGGAAGUACGAGAAACAAUAUAUGUGACAGACAAUCUUACAGGAGUCUUUUUGCUACGUAGGUUAAGUGUUGCAUUUGAUAACAGAAUAAAUAUCAGGGUUAUUUUUCUUCUUUAUUUCCAGAUUAGCGUGUUUUGUGAAGGAAAUAUGAUUUAACACUUAAAUGUAUGGUAGAUUAUUUCUCUCAAAUGAUGUUAAUUGUAUGUCUGAUCAAAGAGUUGUUGAUACCUAUCUGUAAGCCUUAUAUUGUGAAGCACUCUUUGAAGGAUAAGAGUAUAUGCUAUAUGGCCAGGAAAAAUAGGAAACCGAAUGUGUUUGUAAUUGAAAAUAUAAAGUUAAAUGUUUGAAUAAGUGGUGUGUAUAUGUUGCUGUCUUCGUAGGAAGGAAAUUCCUAGUGUUAAUUUCUCUCCGUCUUGCAAGCUUAAGUUCCAUGUGUCAAACUUCUCACAGUGGUCAAAUAGUCUUACUGUCUGUUGGUAUCCUGAGUUGGUAAAUUAUACACUAGUGGUUAUAGCUGCAAGAUUGUUAUCCAAUUUCCCAGCAUAUUGGCAAAGAUGUAUUCUGCUUUUGUGAUAGUUUCUGUUCUCGAGCAAUGACACAAUUAGGAAUUGAUUUAAAAACAUGUAGAGCAACAUAAAAACCUGAAGGGUGGCAGAGAUAAACAUGGUUGAUAUACAUGGUAUAGAUAACUCAAAUGUUUUUUUGAGACAGCAGUACCUGUUAUAAGCUUCCUGCUCGUUUAGAGAAUAGACAAAGAGGAGUGCUUUAUGAAAACCAUACAUGAGUUAAAUUGUUUUCAAAGUUUGUGCAGUAGUUAGCUGUUCAAGAAUCGAUGAAACGAAACUUUUUCAAUAGUAGUUACUGAGUGGUUAUAUACCCUCUUAUUGCUUCUGUUGCCUGUAAAAAAAUAUUGUAAUAUACACUGGAAAAUAUGGACUCACAUUAAAAUUUGCAGUUUUUGUACGGGGCGCAGGUAAGGAUCACUUACAGACCUGCCUAGAAGUUGGUCAGGGGCGCUUAGUGUAGCAGGGUGCUUAAUGUGCUGAAUUCAUUACCUAAUCGAGGGGAUUCCUAUUGACAUGAAUUGCUACAUGGAUUUAAAGGGUAGAAAUGUUUGUUUGGUAAAUUUAAGUUACUGUAUUCGACGUAAUAAGCACCCAGGGCGCUCUCAAAAUUAAAAAUAGGGGGCUCUUAUUAGAAUAUAAUUUUGGUGCAAUAAAAAACAGAGUUGAAAUAUUGUAAAUUUUGUUUAUGCUGACCGCCUGAAAUGAUAUAAAAGAAAAAAUUGUGUGUAUUAUACACUAUAGAUAUGUUUUCGACAAUUUAAUUGCCCAUAAUUAAGGGUGAAUAUCAAACACGAAUAAGUAAGUCUUGUGUACAUUGAUCAAUCGGAAGGGGUGCUAAUUGGGAUUGUUCACUAGCCAAUAUAUCAGUAAAUAUUGCCGCGGCGCGUAUUAGAGCAGGGCGCUUAUUACGUUGAAUAUGGUAUAAUUUUCUUGGUUCCCAGACCCUCAUUUGUCCUUAAAUCACUAUUUGCUGGAAGUUUGUGUAUGUUUGGAGACAAACAAGUGAUGUUCAUUUGGAUUACACACUUGAUCAAACUGGAAAAAAAUUGGAAAAGAACAUCCAUCCCCUUUAGUUUUCAUCAUCCAAGACCAGUGGCUUUUUAGUUGACAUUGUCUUGCAUCAGGUUUUCACUGAUGUGUGUCAUUGCUGUGUAAAAUCCUGUAGAAUGUACUAGAUUCUAUAAACUAGUUUACAACUUCAUGAAAUAUAUAUGAAGUAGAAUAGUCAGUUUUUAUUUUGUGCGCAAAGGAUAUGUGUGUAUUCUGAAAUAUUAUGUGCAAUUAUAACUGUAAUGAUGGCCUGAUUCAAGAUGCAAUUUUUUAUUUUUCAAAAGGGAAUUAUCAUUACUAUAAACAAGCUUCCAUAGCUGAACAUGACUUGAACCAAAUGGCUGUCUGUGUGAUAAUCAGCCUCUAUAUCAGUCCUAUUCGCCAAAGGGUAUGCUUAUAUACUGAACAAGAAAAGUUAGGGAUGAUGUAUUGUCUUCACUAGAAAAAAAUAUCCCCAAAAUUAUUCAUGAUCCUUUUUUGUUCAGUUGGUUUUUUUAAGCUUACUUACGAUGGUGAUUGUAAUACUUUCAAUAUAUUUUUAUUAAAUUGGGAAAAAAAUUAUGUUUUGUUUACUUUCUUUCAUGUUAGGUCAAAUGACUUUUCCGUGUCAGUGUUGACUUAAGUUAGUUCAUUUAUGCAAUAUGGGCUAAUAAACGAUCAUUUUCAUUCAAAAACUUGUGUCAUUCCGAAAUAGGUCACAGAAUGUAUUAUGCUUGAAACAAUGUCAGAAUAUGACCAUUCAGAUUAACUAGGUUGAGUGUCAAAUUGAUGAAAAUUGAGGCAAAUAUUUUACUUAACAUAAUGUUACAUACAUUGCUUUCUGGGCUAUAUGUAGAACUUAGCUUCCGUCAUUGACAGCUGAUUUGUAUUUUCAAAAUAGUGGGUUUAUUUUCAAUCACUGAAUGUUUUGUGUACAUUAAGUUCUUGUGCUGACGAACAGCACAGAAGCAAGGCUUUGAAACUCUAAAGGAUUAUUUUGUAUACCAUCAAUGUUCUGUUCAUUAUCCCAAAAGUAGUUUCACUUUUAUGUUUUUUAUAAAAUGAAUGAAUAUUGCUUUACGCCACAUCGUCAGUUUAACUUGCAUGUGUACAGCUAUUUUCAGGCCUGUAUAUUUCCGUUUGUUAUGAUGUUACAUUUAUUGCACUGUAUUCUCCUUCCAUCUCGGCCACUCCCUCACACUCUCUUCAAAGGAAUUUUAAACUUUGUGAAAUUUAGAAUUUCUAUCAUUUUUCACCAAGUGUUUCCUUCCCUUAUGCUGCACAGACAAGGGCAUUUUACACCAAUACUUAGACGUAGCAGAUGGUCGACCCGCAUCAUUAAAGUCAGUAUAUAAAUAUGUGAAAGGAACCCUGAAUAAAGUGACAUGUUUGUCAGCCUCACCCUUCAAAACCAAAAUCUUACUUGGCAACCUGUAACUAUGGCAACGUAAUCCACUAGUAAAACUAUAAAGCAGCCCAUCCAUAUUAUACAGGCUGAUCUGUUUUCAGAAAACUGACUGUUUUAUCAUGUUUUAUCCCCUUAGUUAAACAGUUUAGGGUGCCAUUUAACAAAACAACCUUUGCACUUCGACUGCUUAGUCUGUGUUACGGUAUAGGACCUACGAUCACCUUACCACUAAGAUCGCUUUGUAAAACAGCACCCAGUGGGUAAUAUAUCGCUUUAUACAAUGGUACCCAGUGGGAUAUUUUCAAGCUGCUUCAUCUUUGUUCUGGUUCAUGCCGAGAAAUUGCAGAGGAAAUGCUGUUGGUUUUGUAUUGGCGUAUAUGACCAUGUAUCUAUUCCUCCUUGAUUUCCUGACGACACAGUGAUACCAACCACUGUCGUCUCUCUUAUGUUAGUCAUGCAUAUGCUUUGAUGGCUUGACCAAAUGACUGUUGUGGGGAAGUGUGUCUGUAACUCAAGCAGACAGCAUCGUCCCAGUAAAUGUGUGUCUGUCCUCGUGACCUACAGCCUGUUAAUGCAGUGUGUGAUUACAGUAUGCAGCGACACUGUAGCUCAAAAUUAAGGGGGUUCCACGGUUCAAAUGUUGGGCAAGAAUAUAUUUUACCAGACACCUUCUGCCCCUUUUUAUGUCUUUUUUUUUUACCUGCUAUUUUGGUAAGGGUUGUCGACAAGCGCCAUUCUUAGUAAUGGUUUCCAAGUUUUUCAGAUGCCAUGCUAAAAUAAUGGGUUUUGGCUUGCCACCCACACAGCGGCUUUAAUUAAAUGCUUUCAUAAGCCAAUGUAACAUUUAGUUACUAAAGUUAAUCAAACUUCUAUGCAUUUGUUGAAAAAUGUUCCCAAUGGAUGUUUGAUAAGGUUUCACAUGCCACUAUGGAACCUAUUUCCGAGUACUUUUUGUGAAUUUAUGUCUAAUUUUCCAUGGUUAUGAAUUGCUUUGAUAUUCAAUUUUGAGGUUUAAUCAUAUUAAACCAUUCUAAUGCAAUCAGUCAUUUUUAGAGCUUUAUUGCCCUAGGUUUUAAAUAGUAAGUCUGUUUCCUGCAGCUAUGUUAGCAACUUGGCGACAAACAUGGCGAAUAGGUGUCCGGUAAAAUGCAUGUGCACCAAAUGCUAUCACAGGAAUAUCAAGGACCACAAUAUUAAUUUCGAAAACUGUGAGCUACAUACAGAAUAAAGGUUCAUUUGGUUCAUGUACAGUUCAUACUAUUUUCAUAACAACUGUCUGCAGUAUCUCAUUCCAGAGAUAUGGAUUAGUUGCAGGAAUGUCACAAGAAGACAAGUUUGUUUCAUUUGUACAAAUCAAUUUUCUGUCAAGGGUUUUUAUUAGGAAGAUAGCAAUGGAACUGUUGUAACUGGAAUACUGCUUGGUAGAGUAGUUUUUUCAUUGCCUUGUGCAAGGAGACAGUAAUUGUUGCUUCGUUAUUUUGUCUGCUUGAGUUAGACAUGCUCGUCCUGGGCACACUGAAAACUGGUAUAUACAUAUAAAUAUGUCUGUACAUUUGUUAUAUAUAUUAUUGCACAUAUUAAGUACUACCUAUAUAUCUUUUUAUACAUAACAAGAAUAUUGAGUUUAUUUUAACUUAUUUUAAUCUCAACAUUACUUUCUGUAGAAACCCUACCCUUCGUAUUGUAAAGCAGUGAUUUGGAAAACUUCACCUUUUGGAGCCAACAAUAUGCAACAGCUGAUUUCUGUCAAAACUUGUGAUUACUGUAUUCGACGUAAUAAGCGCCCAGGCGCUCUCGAAAUUAAAAAUAGGGGGCUCUUAUUAGAAUAUUAUUUUCG